ACUCUGCUUCGGUGGUGGUGCACGUCAUCAAUGGUGAACAUCCGGCUGCCAUGCAACAUGGCAACAGCAGCGCCAAUCGCCUUUCCAGCACGCUGCACGGCAUGCUCUAUCGAAUAGCCCAACGCACGCUCACCACACUGGCCGCAAGCGUCACCACAGCGACAACAACAGCGGCAGUGGCACGCUCAAGUGAACAGCUUCUGCCGCCGGCCACCAAUGAGCUGGAGCCACACACAGCGUGGCCCUUGGUGCUUCUACGACGCCUACUCGACCGAGUGCUGCUCGCCGCGGCUACAACGAAUUGGUGCAUCGUGGCGAUGGGCUGGCUGCUCUCCCAAUGGGCACUGCAAUGCGGUCAAUGGCAGCAUCAACAACAGCAGCGACAUCGAUUGCGACAGCCACUAGAGGACUUUUGUUGGUGUUGGUGGCAUUGGCGGCGAUGGAGUGGUGGCACUUCGUUACCCAGGUGAUUGCGAAAUUGAACACAAGUGAGGGAGAGGGCG